AUGCUCAUGGGGUGCGCUUUGUACGUGGAUGUUCUAAAGGCGCCAUCUAUACUCAGCAAGGCACUGCAAGCAGAAAAGUUAGACAUCGUGCUGGGACUUCAGAAUAUCGUGAAAUCGAAGAAAGCAUUGAAGAAUCUAACCGAUGCUGACCCACUCCAAUGGCCGACUGUGAAGAUUGUUCGUAACAGGAUUAAGAAUGGCAAUGAAUACCAAGGAGCCACUCUGAAGAGAGUUGAUGAGGAAAUACUCGAAUCUUGCAAGAAUCAGGCUUUGGCUGAUGUACGUCGACUUGAAGAAAAUAUGCGAGAAAGGCUUGAAUGGUCAAAUAUGAAGCUUCUGCGAGCAAUCCUGGUUUUCUUGGACACCCAAACUUGGCGCUACAUCAUCCCAGCAAACCAGGAAAGCGAAUCUCAGCAGUCUGAUUCAGCGAACUCUCCUGAGGACAAGGCAUUAAGUGAAGUUUUAGCUGCAGUAGAACUGAUCGCAACAACGUUCAAAGAGCCACUGCAAGCUUCAGGCGUGAAUCUUCUCGGUCUACAAGAUGAAAUGGAAGAGGUAGUCGAAUACGCCCGACAAUACUUGUCAAUUGAGAUAGAAAAGUACCACAAAGUAUGGUACAAUCUCCAUAUUUGUUCCGAUAGCAGUAGUUGGAAAGAUGUCCUUGUCCUUUGUGAAUUGUGCUUCAGCCUUCCCUUUUCGAAUGGCAGUGUGGAAAGAAUGUUCUCCUCCCUGAAACUUAUCAAGACUGACCGCAGAACGAGGCUUACUUGUGAGACGCUUAGUGACCUAAUGGAGAUAUGUCGAAGGUCCCUCUCUUGAAAGAUUUUCUGCAGACCAAGCAGUGAAAGCCUGGUGGGAAGAUUGCAAGACUGCACAAAGACCCAAUCAAAGUGCUCGGAGGCCGUACGCCUCCCGAAGACCUGGAACAGAUGAAGAAGAAUCGGAAAGUGAACUAUCUCUGUCACUAAGUGACUGGGAUACUUGGUUUGGCAACAGUGAUGAGUCAGACGAAUGA